AUGCCUCCAUAUUUGAGAAUAUAUGAUGGGACCACGGACCCAGAAGAUCAUCUGAUCCACUACGUAACCGCUGUGAAAGGAAAUGACUUGUCAAAGGAGCAGGUGCCGUCCGUGCUGCUGAAAAAGUUCGGAGAAACCCUGACCGGAGGGGCACUAACAUGGUAUUCGCAACUGCCGGCUAGGUUGAUAUCAACGUUCGAGGAGAUGGCGGACAAAUUCGCUACCGCCCAUGCGGGAGCAAAGAAGGAUGAAGCAAGGGUUAACGACAUAUUUGCGAUCAGGCAAGCGACAGGCGAAGGGCUCAGGGACUUCCUGGCACGAUUCAACAGAGUAAGAAUGAGCCUGCCUAACGUAUCGGAGGGAAUGGCAGUUGCCGCCUUCCAAAACGGUUUGAGCAGGGACGGGUCGAAAGCAACCAAGAAACUACUCAGCCGACUCAUGAAGUAUCCCCCCACAACGUGGGAGGAGAUCCACAACGCCUACUGUGCAGAGGUAAGGGCAGACGAGGACGACCUUAACGGUCCGACCCAGCGGAUAACGUCAGUACAGACGAAAACCAGGAGAGAUCGACGCAACAACGGGCGACGGGACCCACUCCCACGGUUUAACAGAGAAAGGCAUCAGCCCUACGUUAGAGCCCCUAACCCGCCUCCUCCGAGACACCAGGACGCCUUGCAACGACAUACUGCUACGCUCCGGAAUGAAAGAGAUAUGCCUCCGUUAUUAUCCCCUCAUAACUUUUGUGUCUCACCCUCAGAGAUAGUAUACGCACUGGAGAAGCUAGGCCCGAAGGUACACUGGCCGCCAAAAAUGAAAUCAGAUCCUAGUGCGAGAAAACCAAACAUCCUGUGCAAGUUCCACCAGGAACGGGGACACAGGACCGAAGACUGCAUAGGCCUACGACAAGAAGUAGUCAGGAUGCUGAACCAGGGAUACCUGAAGGACCUGCUCAGCGACAAAGGGAGAGCCAACUUUGCCAGGGGACGCGACCAAUCUCAAGGGCCGCCAAAAUUGCCGUCCCCGACACGAACCAUAUAG